UUUUGGGUUUCGUUUUUUCCCUCUCUUUUGGCUUUGCCUCCUCCCUGUCCUCAACUUUUUAAAUUCUUUCCAAAUCAACGACAUUCACUCGAUUAAAGCCUGAUUAUUUGUUUUUGGGUUUUUAAUCUCUUCUUUUCGUGUUUCAUGUUUUCGUUUCCCGAUUUCUGAUACGCUUCAUUCCCAAUGGAAUAGACUGAGUGAGGGAGUGAAAGUAGAAGGAUCUCCAACAAUGUCGGGCCAUUCCGAUGAUGAACACUCCUGCUCCAACUCCAAUUCCUUCAGGACAAUUUCCAGUGCUUUAAGUCCCUUCAUUGGGGUUCAUGAUGAUGAAGAUUUCGGUUCAGAGUUCGUCUUCAAGAUCGAACCCAGUUUGCUCAUUGACCCUCGUCGUUUGAAGAUCGGCGAAGUUAUUGGGGAAGGUUCAUGCUCCAUUGUCUAUCAAGGACUGUACGAUUGUCAACCUGUUGCCGUGAAGAUUAUACAGGCAAGCAGAACAUCAGCUAUAAGUCCUGAAAAGAAGGAGAUAUUUCAGAGGGAGGUUAUGUUGCUAUCAAGAGUGAAUCAUGAGAACGUUAUUCAGUUCAUUGGCGCUUCCACAGAGCCGACAUUGAUGAUAAUCACUGAGCUUAUGAAGGGUGGAACACUCCAGAAGUACUUGUGGAGCAUCCGGCCAGAGACCCCAGAUUUGAAAUUUUCCCUUAGUCUUGCUCUAGAUCUGUCACGAGUAAUGGCAUACUUGCACGCAAAUGGCAUCAUUCAUCGCGACUUAAAGCCUAGCAAUCUACUGCUGACAGAAGACAAGCAACGGGUUAAGCUAGCCGACUUUGGGUUGGCCAGGGAGGAAAUAUCUGGUGAAAUGACUACUGAGGCUGGUACUUACCGUUGGAUGGCUCCUGAGCUAUUUAGCAUUGAUCCAUUGCCUGUUGGAGGUAAGAAAUGCUAUGAUCACAAGGCAGAUGUGUACAGCUUCUCAAUAAUUCUUUGGGAAUUGCUGACAAACAAGACUCCAUUCAAAGGCAGAAAUAAUGUAAUGGUGGCAUAUGCCACAGCCAAGAACAUAAGACCGAGUCUUGAGGACAUCCCAGAAGAUAUUGCCCCUCUCUUGCAGUCAUGCUGGGCUGAGGAUCCCAAUGGCCGUCCAGAAUUCACACAAAUCAUAGAUUCUCUUUCUAAUCUUCUUCAAACAUUUGUGUUAAAAGAAUCUUCACUUCCCAACAUGGACGACAAAACAGAGAAGGAGGUGGAUUGUGCAUCAGACACAUCGGCUUCUCAGAGCAGGAGACAGCACAAGGCUAGAAGACAUAGAAGCUCUUCAUUCUGCCUCAAAUGUUGCUACAACUUUUGCUUGUCUGAUUGACCGACAGGUUUUGUUGGGGUUCCAUGUCUUGGCAAAUAGGUGUAAAUGGUCGGAUAGAUUUGUUGAUUUUCACAUACAACUACAGGUUCGUAGGAGAUGGGUUGGUACUCGGAUCCAAUUUUGUAAGAGACACACUGUACAUAAAGGAUAGGCAAAGAAAUAGCAGGUUUUGAUGAA